AUGCAUUUGAUCAAAGAAGAAGAACAAACUGAAGGCAUCAUCCAACCGCUCACUACUGUCGAUCCUCGCGAUGCAAAUACUCCGGACGCAUUUGUACUGCGAGACCCAUCUAUGGUUCGACUUACUGGCAAACAUCCAUUCAACGCAGAGUCGCCCUUAAAGAAACUUGAACAAGCUGGCUAUGUGACUCCAAAUCAAUUGCAUUUUGUUCGUAAUCAUGGACCUGUGCCACAGUUAACUUGGGACGAUCAUCGUCUUGAGAUUAAAGGCUUGGUCAAUAAGCCAUGCACUAUCACAAUGCAAGAUAUUGUAUCUAUGCCACCGACCAUUUUGCCAAUGACAAUGGUCUGCGCAGGCAAUCGACGUAAAGAACAAAACAUGGUCAAACAAUCUAUUGGCUUCGGAUGGUACCGUGUCAGCACUGCAUGCUGGACUGGCGUAUACCUUCGUGAUGUUAUUAAUCAAUUCGGCGGUGGUCUCAAAGAUGAGGCUCUGUAUAUCUGCUUUGAAGGCAGUGAUAAUACCUCCAAGGGUGCAUACGGUACAUCACUCGCUGCUAGUCGCGCAAUGUCCGACCACUACGACGUGAUGCUUGCGUACAAAAUGAAUGACGAAGUUCUACCACCCGAUCACGGGUUCCCAUUACGCGUACUCAUUCCUGGAUGUAUUGGCGGCCGUAGCGUCAAAUGGCUAGCGUCAAUUGAAGCCAGCGCAAACGAGUCUCAGAACCCGUUCCACGACAGCGACAACAAAGUCAUGCCUACUCAAGUCCAAUCACCAGAGCAAGCAACCGCCGAAGGUUGGUGGAAGCGUCCCGAGUACACAUUAUACGAUCUCAAUAUCAACAGCGUCAUUACUACACCAAACCACGGUGACUAUAUUCGGCUACAAAAUCUCCAAGAUACCUACACUGCUCGCGGUUACGCAUACACUGGCGGCAAUCGCAGAAUCACACGUGUUGAAGUCUCACUCGACAGUGGCAAGACAUGGCUUCUAGCCAACCUUGAUCAACCUUCUGCAGAGGCCGUCACUGCACCCUAUGGUCAGAUGGCCGGACCCGGAUACUACAAGUCGUCGCGCAACUGGACCUGGACCCUUUGGCAUGUUGACAUGGAAGUCGCUGACCUUGUCCGUGCCGACGAAAUGGUCGUCCGUGCCUGGGACGAAUCCCAAAACACACAGCCCGAGAACCUCACGUGGAACUUGAUGGGCAUGAUGAACAAUUGCUGGUUCCGUGUUAAACUGGCGCUUACUCGAGAGCCCUCGCUAUCUAUCUGGUGCGAACAUCCAACGCUCGCAGGUGCCGAACCUGGAGGCUGGAUGGAACGCGAGCUGAAACAAGAAGUCGCAGCUACUACGACCACAAGCACUGCGCCACCUCCAGACAAGUCGUCCUUACAGACAUUCACAAUGGCCGAGGUCGAGCCUCACGACUCUGAAACUGAUUGCUGGAUUGUGGUUCAUGAUCUAGUCUACGACUGUACGCCGUUCCUCAAAGAUCACCCUGGCGGUGCGUCUAGCAUAUUGAUCACCGGCGGUACGGAUUGUACAGAAGAAUUCGACGCCAUUCAUUCAAGUAAAGCACACGAUAUGCUCCGCGAUUAUCUCGUCGGCCAACUCGCCAGCAGUGACGAAAAAUCGUCGAGUACAACGACGCAAUCGACCGCACUAGAAGACUCUGCGUCAUUUUUGGAACCCAAGAAAUGGAAAAAGAUGGUCUUGGACAGCAAAACAUCUCUUUCUACCACCAUCCGUAUUUUUCGAUUCGUGUUCGAAGCCAAUCAAAAUUUUGGCUUGCCCGUGGGCCAGCAUGCCUAUCUGAAGCUGCCUCAGGAGCAAAUCAGUCGUGAUGCACCUACAAAAUCCGUCAUGCGUGCAUAUACUCCUAGCCGAUGUGGUCCAGGCUUUGUCGAGUUUCUGGUCAAGAUAUAUUUCCCUGAUCAUCAGCAGCCAGGUGGUGCAUUCACACAGCUCCUUGACAAGGUGCGCGUCGGCGAAACCAUUGACAUCAAGGGACCACUUGGCGAGUACGAGUAUCUAGGAGACGCAAACUACAGCAUCAUGCACGCGCCAGCGAAACGAGCACGACAUAUAGGCAUGAUUGCUGGCGGCACCGGUAUUACCCCUAUGUGGCAGAUCAUUGAGGCUUUGCGUCAUGAUCAUGAGCCUCCUCAUGUCUCCCUUAUUUAUUGCGUCCGACACUUGGAAGAUCUUGUGCUUUCAGAAGAACUCGAGGAGUUGCAAAAGCUCUUGGGCCCCAAUGUUCUGCAUAUACGCUAUAUACUGUCUAACCCACCUAGCGAUUGGAAGCAUGGCUGUGGCCGAUUAACAGCUCAAGAACUCGAGGACCACUUAUUCCCUCACGAAGGUGCCGCUGAUGCCACUGACAAGAUUGCUCUACUCUGUGGAUCAGAUGCUAUGAUAAAUGAGUGCUGCAAACCUUUAAUUUCCCAAAAAAUGGGUGACAAAUUUGCAUCUAACAAUAUAUUUGUAUUUUAA